GUCACCCCCUGUACUACUCGAGAUAAGCAUCCACUCCCUUUCAGCCUAUAAAAUGCCCGGAUUACUUUCUCUUCCCACCGAGCUCUUGCAGCAGAUUGCUUCUUCACUACCCUGCUCCUCAGCCCUCAAUUUACUAAGUGUCAACCACCAGCUACGCAAAGCAUGUAACGACCGUCUAGUCUUCCAGCAAAUAGCAAAACGCGAUCUGAACUACUCUUCUCUCUCCAAAUGGGGAAUUCAAGAUUCCUUUAUACGAUUCAAAGACGACGAUCCCAUUCUAACAUCAGCGUCGCUAUCCGAGACAAUCCGCCUAGCCUUCGCAGCCGAAAAAUGUAUCAAAUCCUCCACCAAAAAGUCUGACGCGUGGAUCUUCAAAGUCCCAAAGAACACAAGGAGAUACGACGUUCUCGAUUGGCUCCCCCACAUGAUAGCCUUGGAACAUUCCGCCGCAACCUCCCUAAAACCCGAACCCUUUGUCAUAAUGUACAACGACCUCGUCACCCACAAAGCCCCGGAAAACGACCUCAUCACUGCAAGCUUCAUGAUUACCCGCACGUUGCUCCACCAACUCCGAUACUGCGUCAACGUGGAAAAACAAGUCAAAAAACCACUGGACAAGUACUUCGAGGCAAACCCCGGCAGGUCCAUCUCCCCUCAUGCAGAUUCAAUCACCUACCUCCGCAACCGCGUCCGCAGAUACGGCAGGUUUAACAAAUCCUUCCGCCUCGACGAAGCCACCGCGCUUCUCCCUACUUUCCUACUAGAACUAGCCGUGUACCAGCUCUUCCCCGAGCAGUUGCGGCGCCAACUCCCCUCCGUAUCAAGCAUAGGGUUUGCAUCGCUAAUGCGGAUCCCACCCAUGUUCCCGCAAGAUGCUACUACCAGUCCCUCGUUUGCUGAAUGCCAUGUGGAGAAAAUGGUGAGGCCGAUGUUCCUCGCGGGAAAAUGGACGGGGUAUUACUCUGAGCAAAGGGACUCAGUGCAUGUGCGCUCGUUCGAUCCGCCUAUGAGCGAUAUCAAUAUCGUGGCGCGGGUGCCCGAGGGUGCGUCGGAUGUGGCUGCUGUGAUUGAUCGGGAGACGAGGGGUGUAGAUUCUCAUGGGGAAUUCUCGCUACAGGGCCGCGUCAAGAAGAAUGGGCAGGUGGAGUUGGUGAAGCGGUAUCUAGUGAGCGGGUACACGUGGCCGUGGAUGGGUUGUAUGACGCCGUUUGGUAUUGUGGGGACGUGGGGAGACCAGUCGGAUGAGCUUGACGAGUUUGAUAGUUUUGGGGGCUACUUUUGGAUUUGGAAGGAGGAGUGGUGUGAGGGGGAUAGGUGACACAUAAAAGCAUAUCUAUCUACAAUUGUCUUUCCUGUAUUAUUUAAAAUGGGGUUGAAACAUGCGAGGCAAAAGAACUA